AUGCCUCGACCGUCAUCUGCCCCUCCUUCCCACCUCAUCAUCGUCUGCUGCCACGCCAUCUACCUCGGUCGGCGUGCCGGAGUGCUGCCAGACUCCUCUGCCCCCAGCGAGGACGAGUCCAACUGGCUGAUCGAGCCCUUCCAGGCCGGCGAGACCGGCACGUACAUCCAGCACGUCGAGGCGGGCGUACGGGAAUUGGCGAGAGAUAGGGAGCACGCGAUUCUGGUGUUUAGCGGCGCGCCCACUAAGCCUGACAAGACGCCACUCACUGAGGGCGAAGGGUAUUUGAACGUCGCCCUCGAGCAUGACCUCUUCGGCUUUGACACCUCUCCACCGUCACCAUCGCUGAGACAACGCAUCUUUAUCGACCGCUACGCCACGGACUCGUACCAGAACAUCCUCUGCUCGCUGAUCCAGUUCCCUCUCUUCGUCCAACAACUCCAGUCUCGGAGACCGCCUCAAGCCACAACAAUACCCUCCCCACGGCCACCGUUGUUGUCACAGGGUGGUGCUUCGACUCUUAUCAGCACCACACCCCCGGAGGACGACGGCGAGAAGCAGGCCUACUACCAGGCCAUCAAACCAACCUUCCCCACCAAGCUCACCGUCAUCUCCCACGCCUUCAAGCGCGCCCGCUUCCUCGACCUGCACCUCCCCGCCCUGCGCUUCCCGCUCGAAUCGACCGUGUACAUCGGCAUCAACCCGCCGUUCACGCCGGCCAAGCUGGCCGAGAUCGCGGAGGGCGAUCGCCUGCGUGGCUUCGGCGCCUGGGAGAAGGACCUGUACGGCGCGGGCGCGGGCUUGAGCAGGAAGCGGGAGCAGAGAGGCUGGGACGCCGACAGGUUCCGAAGAGAGGUGGUGGCAAGGUAUGGCGGCGAUGAGACGUGGACGAGGCAGCUGCAGGGUUUGCUGUCCUGGCGUGGGGGGAGCGAUGGGAUCACGUUGUGGCCCGGCGGUGUCCCGUGGGAGUGA